AUGUCUCUGGUCCAGCUGCGUUCAUCCAGUCCUGCCAAACAAUUGGCAUCCACCAUGACACUAGAUGCUGAUGCCCAGAUACCUAUUCGCGUUCCAUUACAUUACAACCCUCCCCUUCAUGAGCCCACUCGCAGAAACACAGACUUGAGAAUCUUGGUUCCAGAUAGCGACCUGGAAUCUCUCUCUGGCUUAGCGGAUGCCAUAGUUAUGCAACCUAGCUCCCUGAGCUCUCUGAUUACGUCUAUGGACUACGAGAAAAUUACCCAGUUGCCCACGCCAGUCUUGACAAAUGGUCUGUUCAAGAAUUAUCAACUAGACAUCCAGAAGAGAGCUCCCGCCACCAAGGGCAGCGGUGUCCACCCUCUGAAUGGACCCUUCCCUGCUCCUACGCGUGUUUUGUCGGAGUUUGACCCUGGCAGGACUUUCACCAGUCCUACCGAAAUGACUCAUACAGUUGGUAAGGUUAGACACAUAUCCAACCCUCAGCUGCUUCCUAGACGAGCUACCGAGAUUCCCCUGCCACCGCUUGAUGUUGAUAUCUCAUUCAAGGAUCAGGAAUUUCAUGCACCUCGCCUAGGGGUGUCUUAUGUCUUUGACGACGUGAUUGGCUCCGGAGCUUUCAGUACUGUCGUCAGCGCCCAUUCAACUACUGUCACUGCCCCUCAGAUUGCAGAAGUUGCUAUCAAAAUCAUCACUGUCCCCACAAACGACGUGUCGAGUGUCUCCAACUUCCGUCUGUACAUCUGUCGAGAGUUGGCCAUUUUGCUGCAUCUCCAUCACCCCAGCAUUGUGCAGCUUCUAGACUACGAUAUUUCUCUUUCAAUCUCGUCAAGGGAGAUCAAGGAGCUGUUCCGUGAUGCGUCGCAGGCGACGCCUCCAGGUGCAGACAUGUACGACCUCUACAACAUGAAGAUGUCCAACAAGCAAUAUUUCUUUCUCAGCUAUUGUCCAGGAGGGAACUUGCUUCAAUGGCUUCUGAGGAACCAUAAACUGGCCAGUGGCACUGUUCAGUUCUGGAAACUUAUGGAGCGUAUAGUGGCGGAGUUGGUUGUCGCCAUAGGAUUCUUGCAUGCCAACAUGGUGGUUCACCGUGAUAUCAAACUUGAAAAUAUCUUACUCAGUGAGACGUUUGCAGACAUCUCGACGAACGCAGUAAACUCUCAGUUUUCAGCCCUUGCAUCAUUGACCUCAUCUUUGAGCGUUUUGACAGACUUUGGUCUUUCCAAGAAACUUGAGCUGCCUACCCAGCUUUUGUCAACCAAGUGCGGGUCACAAGACUAUGUCAGUCCUGAACUUUUCAUGGGAAUCAAAUACGAUGGAAAGCUUUUGGACUCGUGGUCUCUUGGAGUGGUCAUCUAUUCCAUUUUGGAAGAUAGGCUUCCCUUCGAUGCCCCACCAUUGGAGUAUGCAAACACUCAAGGUGUGUCUCCAUCAGUGUUGAAGAGAAGAAGAAGCAGAAACACUCCUGCUCAUCGCAUUGCCAUGAUUGACUGGGAUUGGUACCGGGUACCUGCUGUCAUGAAGGACGAGUCGUUGCCUCAAGAGGCUAAGGACAUCAUGACGAGGUUGAUGGAUUUGGUUGAGGUAUUUUUGGUCCGCAAGGACAAGAGAAAGCUGGUGUCUCAAGUAUUGGAAGAUGACCGUUUUGUAUGGGUGAAGGACAUGUUGCCCGAAUCGUUUCUUCGGGCAAAAUGA